GGUGCCCCAUGCGCUGACUAUUUUCAUGGUUUCACGCCAUCUUCUUGCGAGAGUUUGGCGGUUUGGCCCCCUAAAAAAAGGAAAAUAUUCUUGAGAGAGAGAGAGAGAAAGCACUGAAAAGGGCAGAAUAUGGGAGCGAUAUUCAGUUCGAGCAGCAAGAGCGGAGUUGAUUUAGAGAUGGCUUUAUCCAAGGCCAAGGAGAUCGUUUCAUCCACCCCUGUGGUUGUCUUCAGUAAGACCUACUGUGGAUAUUGCACGAGGGUCAAGCAGUUGCUCUCAAAGCUAGGAGCAACAUACAAGGUUAUUGAGUUGAAUUCUGAAAGUGAUGGUGGUGAUAUUCAAGCUGCACUGAGGGAAUGGACAGGGCAAAGAACGGUCCCUAAUGUGUUUAUCGGAGGAAAUCACAUAGGCGGUUGUGACGCUGUCACAGAAAAGCACCAGCAAGGGAAGCUUGUGCCCCUGCUCACUGAUGCCGGUGCACUUGCUAGUACUUCAUCGCUGUAAAUGGCUUGAAAUUAAAAAAUACACUUAGUGGCACAAAUGAGGAGAACAAUGAUAUUCCAAUUAUCUGUAUAGUACCUAAGAAGAUUGAUGUGACAGUUAUUUUUUUUACUGUGUGUGAAUACCCUAUGCAUCAUUAUUUGUUUGAUUUAAAGAACUAAGAAUGAUAACUAUUACGUGUUGCAGCA